UCACGUGACUGAUUACGGAGUUUCCCACACUGGUUAUUACUAUUUAAAAUUCGUGUUUGCACCGUAAAGGAGACUCCGCUGGGGGCUCAACAAAUCUGUGUGACACGGAAGAAGACCUAGGUUUAUUAUUGAUAAGAUACAUUUCCGGGACUUCGAGGAGGUCGAAUCAUUGAAUCAGCUUCCUAAUACUGAGAUAAUACCUAACUGAAUAUGGCGGCCUUUGGAACGGAGGACUUUAUUAUUGACGGGAGCAAAAAAGACGUUGUCAGUAGAAACAAAGCUAAAAUAGAAAGGCUUUUCAAUGUUAUGAUUACUUUUGAAAAUGUGGCUGCCGAUGAAAAUGGCCAGAAACAGUGGAUAGUGGUUUCUGGAGCGAAGAAUGACCGACGGAGUGCAAAGAACUAUAUUUUAGCACUCUGCUGUCCAGAGGAAACAAGCACACUUCUGUGUGAGGAUAAGGAACUGAAUGCAAACAUUCUCGAAGUCUAUUGAGCAGAAGACAAGUGCUGUUAUCCAGAUUGUGUCAUCUUGCCUGCUCAAAUUGGGUGGAACAGCUCUGGCAUGUACUCUUGCUCUGUCCAGACUUGAAGAGUUACACAAAAUAACCAUACUGGAUGCAGGGGAGGCUCAAGAUGUUGGCCAGGAUGUGAUUGAUGGAAGUGCAUUAGGAUUAGGUCUUGGUGAGAUGAAAACUCGCACCCCUAAUGAUGAGAGACGUUUAUCUGCUGCCCAGAGGAUUAGAUGUUUCCUUGCAAAAGAAACUUUUGCAGGUUGGGGACAGUUCUGGUGCUACUGAAUAUCUGAAAGCACCUGACACUGUAAAACGUGCUAUUUUGGAAGGACUGAUAGAAUAUGAGGAAGAUGGUUCAGAUGACAUCAUAGAUGAUGAACAGCUGUUUGGGUCAGAUCACUUGAAGGGUCAUGAGGAUUGCAAGAUUAUAAAACCUGUAGGAGUAGUUUCCCCAACAUCUGUAAAAACUGUCUCUGGCAGCAGCCAGGUUUUUGACCAUUGUCUUCCAAAGCAAGUUGAUGUUGACUUUCCAGACUACUCAGAAAUGAAAAAUAGUUUGUGUAGCAUGAGUGCAACAGACGUCAAAGCUGAUGAUACCCUGCGAAAACAAGCAUUGCAAAUGGGUUAUGCACCAGAUAUCAUUGAGGAAGCAUUAAUAGACUUUGAAUCUACAAAUAAUCCUGAUCUUUUUGAUUUUCUGGCAGUGUUGGAAGCAGUCAAAAUUAAAGAACAGAAUAAAUCUUCCAACAAGGCAGCCAUUCUGAAUGAAAGCAAAACAUCUUUGGCUGCAGAGUCAGAAGGCAUUUUAGGACACAGUAUGACUGCAGCUGUUCGAAAAGGAAAGACGAAACCUGUUUCUGGUGGUACAGGUGCUCCUAAAAGAGCACAUGUUAGUGAGGGCAAGGCAAAGAAUACUGCAGGCACUAGCGGGGGUUCACAAGUAUUGUCACAUUUAGACAGUUGUUCCAGUGUUAUUGUCAUUGAAGAUAGUGAUGCUGAUGACAGUAUUUGCAUUGUAGAUGCUUUUCCAAGAAAACAUUCUAGUCAGUCGGACAACAUUGGAGGACUUCCUGCUGAAGAGAGGGAGAAGAUGUUGCUACAACAGAAGUCACUCAAACACAAGUAUCAGAAUCAACUUUCUGCUGGAAGUUCACAUUCAAGAACAGGUGUUCAGACCCACACAGCAUCCAGUAACAAGAAAAGGCACAAGAAAAAGAUUUCAUUGGAUACAGAAACAGUGCCAAGAAACAGACCCGAGGGAUGGAAGAAGUUGUCACAAGAAAGCUUCAGCUCUGUUGUUACAGACAAGUCUUUGAAAAUGCCCCAGCAAGCAUCAAGGAGUUAUUACUCAGACCAGCAACGUCGCGAAAUGGCGGGUGCGGUACAGAAAGAGUAUACAGAUGAUAAAGAACAGACCUGUGUGUUAAGACUUUACAAAAAUGACACCAGUAAACCUGACCGCCCCUUCAUUCCAGAUAACCAGUUGAGGUUUAUUGUAAUAGAUGGCAGCAAUGUUGCAAUGAGUCACGGAAAUGACAAGGUAUUCUCAUGCAAAGGCAUUGAACUCUGUGUGAACUACUUUAUUGCACGUGGGCACAAGCAAAUAACAGCCUUUGUCCCAGAAUGGCGGAAAUAUCGAAAUCAACAAGGAAAUUCACAGGUGAUUGACAUAGAGAUUCUGGAAAGUCUGAAGGGUAAGGGAUAUUUGGUCUUCACCCCAUGCCGACGACUCCCUGGACGAUGGAUUGCAAGCCAUGAUGAUAGAUAUAUCCUCAAUUUGGCAGUGGAAGAAGAUGCUGUUGUUGUAUCCAAUGACCAGUAUAGAGAAUUUGUUUAUGAAAAAGCUACCUACAAGCAUAUCAUCGAAAAUAGAUUGUUGCCAUACACCUUCGUCAAAGAUCACUUUAUGCCACCUGAUGAUCCACUUGGGCGUAAUGGGCCCACAUUGGAUGAAUUUUUACGAAAAGCUCCAUGGAAGUCAACACCCAUGCAACACAGUAAAAAGGUACCUGUGAUAGCUUCUGUUGCACCACAACAGCCCCAGCAUUCAUCUGUAAGAAGACAGCAGCCUGUGUUACCAACAGUGCCUGGUAGUCUUUCCCUAUCUAAAGAGAAAAAGAGACCACCAGAUGUCACAGAGAGUCUUUUUAUGGCACUGAAACAGGUUUUCCCAAAUGAAGACCAGGAUUACAAGAUCCGUGCAGUGUUGGAUAACCAUGAGACAGAAACUGACUUGAACCGCCUAACAAACUAUUGCAUGAGUGCACUUUUUUUAUAGUGCCAAUGCUGACUGUAGGUAUAUGAACGGUCUUGCCACUUUUUUUUAAAAUAUAUUUUCAAGCCCUAUUCUUCUUGGGAGCACAUAAGGCAGCUGGCUGGGUCUUCACGUGUCUGCUUAGUUUUUAAGCAGUGGAUCCCACACCAUGUGAUUUGGUAAUUGCUUAUAUGGCUGUUAGAGCCACCUGGGUGUGAUGUAGACUGCAGAAGGUAUAUAAACUUCUAACCAAUAACUGAAAUAAUAAAAAAAUAAUUUAUGCUGUACAUAAUUAUAUUUCAAAUGCCACAAACGUAAUAACAGUACAGUUUAGCAACAUAUCUUCUGAUUCAUUUUAUCCAACUCAUAUAGGUGUUUGCUGCUGUGAAACAGAUUCAUUUCUGCUGAUUUGAUGAGUUAGGUGCCUAGCAGUAGUACAUUUUGACACAAAGUAUCCUCAGUUAAGCAACAAGAAGGCAGCUUUCUUUUUAAGUCUCACUUCUAAAGACUAAUUUCUUGUUUUUGUGAAGAACAUUGCUAUUAUUUUUUGUGUGAAGUAUUUUCGUUUUUGUUAAGUCUGUACUUUUUAUUCUUAUUUUUACUACCCUGUCAGGUAUCAGAUUGUGUUUUUUCCCAUAUAAAAAUGCUUUAUUGGAGGUUGAUUAUCUUGGUGAUCUUGCUAAUUAAGUUUCAUAAGUUUCAUAAGCAGAAAUCAAUAAAAUAAAAAAUGUUAAAAAUGCAAUAGCAUAUGAACACGAUCUAUAAAUCUGUAAGUGAAUCAUAGAGAGAGGUUAAAAUAGUGUUUACCAUAUUACUUGAAAAAAAAUAGUGGUAAACCAUGACAAAAUAGGAAAAUGUAAUCUACCAAACAAUUUGUGAUUAUCAUGUACAGAAUGUCUUUUUCUUCGCCAUUUAGUUUUGCUUAAUAUGGAAAAUGAGUUUUGGAAAGCGAUGAUCUCAGAAUAUCAUCUUUGAAAAAAAAAAUCAGUAAAUUCUAAAAUCUAAAUGACUGUCAGGUGAACCUGAUCUGUAUUGGGAAAAGAUAAUUAAAAUAAUGGUUUUUAAAAUUAUACAUAUGUAUUUAGAGAGUUCCAACUUGUGAGAUGGCUAGUGGAUAAAGUGAUUGUUGUCAUGACAAUGAAAA